ACUGCGGAAAUUAUGUUUAAAGGAUCGACCGUGUCCAGAACGCUCAACAUUACUUCUGGCCAGUCUCUAACACUCAGUUGUAAGAACAUGAACAACCCACCUCCGACCUAUGUAUGGCACCAUCCAGGUGGUUUAGCAACGGAUGCAGUUUUAACAAUACCAAGUAUUCAACUAAAACAUGAUGGAGCCUUUACGUGAACAGCGCAAAACACCAUGCUAUCAUCAACGGGUAAAAAAAUUUCCGAGCAGAGCACAUCAGCAGUUAACGUUGUUGUAAUUGUUCCAACUACGUGUGUGUCGGUUGUCGGUGAACACGUGGACGUCGUUGUGAUGAAAGAGCACGAAACAAAAUAUUUUACGUGUGAGACCUCUGCCCGAAAACCAGUGACAACUUUUCAGUGGUAUAAGGACAAUCGUACACUAGACAAAAUUACAGAUGACAUACCGUUUUAUCCGUCGAGCUUUAAUACCACGAUUAUUGUGGAUUCGUCCGUUAGGAGCGUCCUAAAUUACAAAGCAGCACGUCAUGAUCAUAGUGUGAGCAUAUAUUGCACAGCGAACAAUGUUGGAGCAGUUUCGGUAUCAGAGACAAAAAUAAAGUUGAUCAUAUCAUCUCGUGUUCCGUAUACACCAGAAGAGCCUGAUUCAAACGAUUCAACCGACGAACUAGACAGUGGUAUUUUGACGGCCUUGGCAGUCUUACUGUGUAUGCUGCAUGGUAUGUAAUCCCAAACCAUAACCGACUGCGUACAAGAGUGAGAGUGUGGAAUAUGACUUUUAAUUCUAUGAAUGCACGUGUGAACUAUUGUAAGAAAAAACAACUUGUUGUUAACCUGCAAGAAAUUUUCAAACGCAUUUUUAAUGGUUGAAUAUAUUACGAACACCAAUUCUAUGUAUAAUUAAUUGUUCAUGACUAUUCAGAGUAUUCCUAACAAAAUCAACAUUGGUAAAUCAGAAAGCAAAGCGUAUAGGAUUGACUGUGGGUUCCGAUAAAGGACUUAAUAAUUUCUUUGAGAAUAAGUGGUGUCGCGUGAAAGAAGAUACCAUGAAAUGAUAUGUUUGUGACUUUUAAGA